AUGCUUCCAUGGCCAAUGAGGUUGUAUUUCUGGGGAGUUCAUGGUGUCUUCAUUGAAGUGGUUUUCACUGGUCUGUGGGAACUGUUUGCAUCAACUAAUAAUGGUCUAACACUACACGGUUUCUCUUCUAUCUGGUCUUUCUUCAUAUACGGAUUUGGUACAUUCCUUUUAGCUGAAUCAGUCUAUCAAUAUGCUAAGAAGCAUCAUUAUCCACUUCCAGUUCGUAUUCUAUUCUACAUACUGCUGACUUAUGCAUGGGAGUUCUCGUGUGGUGUGAUACUUAGCAGGUUUGGUGCUAAUUCGUGGGAUUAUUCUGAAUUUAGAUUCAACGUGUAUGGAUUGAUCACACUUGAGUAUGCUCCCUUCUGGGGUAUCGCUGGGCUCGUGUUUGAAUAUAUUAUGAGUUGUAUGGAGGCAGUUGAAGGACUACCUCACUGGAGGGUAGCAAUAAAUAAGGAAAGAAGACAAUCAAAACACUGA